AUGGCUCCUCCGCCGCGCCUGCGCAUUUUGUCAGUGGGCAGCAAUGGCAUCUCUGCGUUCCUCUCCUGGAGGCUCCAGGCAACCACAUCCUGUGACGUGACGCUAGUCUGGAAGUCCGGAUUCGAAUCAGUAUCUCAGUAUGGAGUGUCUAUGAAAUCGAAAACAUUUGGAACAGAACGAUUUAAGCCCCGUCAUGUCGUCCGCACUCCGGAAGAAGCCGCGUCUCGUGAAAAUGCAUAUGACUAUGUUAUCCUGUGUGUCAAGGCGCUUCCCGACGUCUACGAUCUAGCCGCCGUGAUUGAAUCCGUCGUUACUCCCCAACAUACGUGCAUUUUGGUCAAUACGUCAAAUACUCUUGGUGUCGAAUCGCACUUGGAACAGCGGUUUCCGACCAAUGUUGUUUUGUCCUUGGUUUCGGGCGUCGAAAUAGUCCAAACCGGACCGGCCGAAUUCGAACACCUCAACUCGACAGAAAUCUGGGUGGGAUCUACGACAAGCCAUUCCGGCAUCCCUGAGGAGAUUCAAAAUGACAUGGCUCAAGCGUUGGCGAUGACACUAUCAUCGGGUCAGGUUGACUGCAAAGUGUCCAGAAACAUCAGGCAGGAGCAGUUUGAGCGUAUGAUAGGGCCUAUUGCAUUCCAUUCCGCAAGCGUUAUGUUCGAUACCGCCAGCCACAAACAACUGCUGGAGAAAGUGGGAGUUCGCCAAUUGGUCUCCGAUGUCAUUCAGGAGCUAGUCGACUUGGCCAAGGCGUAUGGAUGCUCUUUUCCAGUCGACUUCAGCCAGAAGACGAUUGAUAAGAUGACCGCCAUCGAUACUCCCAGCACGAUGUAUCAGGAUUUCCAAUCUCGACGCCCAAUGGAAAUCGAGACCAACCUCGGAUCGCCUAUCAAACUUGCCACUGAGUUGGGGGUCAGAAUUCCCCGCAUUGAGACUCUGUACGCUAUGUUGCAUCAUAUCAACACCACCAAUUUGACCAAACCUCGAGACUCUCCGCCCCCCGCUAUGGCUCAACUACCCCCGCGGGUUUCCUCGGUUCCGCCUCAAAGGAACGGCCCCAUGCGUCCGCCCUCAUCUGCCAGAGUCCCAUCAGGGAUGCUGCCGCCCAGACGAGGCCCUCCGACAAUGUCGAGACCACCAAGCACCCAGCCUAUACCUCACGGAGGUCGUAUUCCCCGCGAGCCUUCUUUAGAAGGUCUCGAAGAAUUUAGCCAUCUGGUACUCUAUGACGAUGCUCCAGACGGCGCGAUGCCCCCGCCUGCUACAAACGGAUACCACGAUGUUUCUCCCAAUGGCCCCGCUCCAGCAGCAGCGCAACUUGCAUUGAGGGAGCGAGAGUUAGCCCUCCGCCAGCGGGAAUUGAUGCUCCGCGAACAAGAAAUGGGUAUGAGACGAGGGCCGCGCAGACCACCUCCUCCGCGAUCAGUUUUCGACGAAGAGGACGAAGACGACUACUUUGAUCCUAUGGAGAAUAUCCCGGUUCCGCACAUUGACCCUGACAACGUGGAUAUGAUGAGUAUAACGUCGCGAAGAGCAAAGAAGGCUCCUAGCGCGAGCCAAUUCCGCAAGAAUCCCGAGAUGAAUAUGAUGAACGGAGGCAGAUCUUCAUCAUCUUUCGGCCGGUACUUUGGGGGAAGGAAGCGUACUAGCGAUCGCAUCAUGCAGGAAAUCCCGGGUCUUCACGAUUCUCUCAUGGAUAAUCCAAUGAUGGCGUACUCUUCCAAUCGCUACGGUGCUGUCGACAGAAACCAGAUGCAGCAGGGUUCCCGCGCUAACUCCCUCACGGCCAGUCGAAUGGGUGAUUUGGGCCCCUAUCCCAACUACCCUGGUAGUAGACGGAACAGCCAAUCUCCGGGAACACCAUUUGGUGGUCCCGGACCCCGAAUGGGCCGACCAGCUACUGCCCAAGAACAUCCGCCCAGCGGCCCUCCUAUGAAUGGCCCCAUGAAUGGUCCUAUGAAUGGCAGCCACCCGUCGCCACCAGGAGCCAUGCGAGCACCUGUGCCCAAGUAUCCUCCUGGGCAAGGAAAUGCGGUAGGCCCGCAGCAAGUUGAGCAAUAUGGGGUGAGCAACCCGUACUCCGCCAAGGGUACUCCAAAACAAAGAAGUCUGACCGGAAGUGCGAGCGCCAGCGCGGAGAGUGGUGACAGCGGAGCUAGUGCCACCCUCGAUUCCGAGAACUCGGCCCAUAGCAGCCAGAUCAGCCUGGGCCCGCAACAGACUGCGGCGCCCGUUCGUUAA